AACCAUACUAUACUAUACCAUACUAUCGUGGAGUUGUGUAACCAGUAAUUAUCUUAAACCGCGGUUAAAAAUAUGGAUGUUAUCAAUCUCCGUGAUAUCAAUUAAUCAAAAUUCAAAUCGCUUUUUGCUAACGAUAAACUAUAUCGUGAUUUGUCAUCUGUCGUCUUAUACUCUUAUAGUCGUGUUCUUCUGUAACUUGACUUUAUUGGUACUUGGGUCUGUUUUAAAAUUAAAAUUGUAUUGUAAAUUAUAUUUGUUGUACAGUUUUUAUAUCCAUAUACAUUAUGGUGUGCUCCUGCAGUGUGCAUUUGUGUACAAAUCGGUCGAAACCAGGACCUCGAAAAAUACACUUUUUCUCGUUCCCACUGAAAAAUGCAGAAAGAACUCAACAAUGGGUUAAUGCAGUUGGCCGCAAAGGGUUUAUCCCGACUAAACAUAGCAAAGUAUGUAGUGAUAAUUUCCAUAAAAAUGAUUUUGAACAAAAAAGUGGUGGUAGUUAUUUGAUAAAGCUCAAAGGAACGGCUUUCCCUUCAAUUUUCCCGAACUACUCAGACAUUAUAUCAAAAGCUAAAAAGCAGUGUCUACAGGUAGAACCAUUUCAAGUAGCUGUAUGCAGCUCUUAUAUUCCUUGUACUGAAACUAAUAAACCAGGUGAACUUUAUGGUGGUUUUAAUGUUCCUAGCCCAUCUAUUGUUGAUGUUAUGGAAACUUCCAUUUUGGAUAUUCAAGUACCAGUAAUUCCAAAAAGAAUGACAAAUACCACCAAUAAGUCCAUGGAAAAAAUGUGUUUUUGGUGAUUUUAAAGCUGAUGAUUUGAAUACUCCAAGAAAACCCAAAUGAUAUUGGAAUUUAUCACAACAAACUGUACCCAAAUACAAAUGUAAAAUACAAUUGUUGCAUAAUCAGAAUACGUGGUUGACCAAAAAAGUUAAAAAUGUAUGCCAAUUGAUUGAUCAUCUCAAAGAAAAGAGCAACAUUCCAGAUAACUGUUUUUUCUGUGCCUGUUAGUGUCAAAAGAAAAAUAAAUCAGAAAUCACAUAAAUAUACAGAGUGAUUGUUUAAAAACGCUCAA